AUGGGUCGCAAAAAGAUCAAAAUCCAGCCCAUCAAGGAUGACCGCAAUCGGCAGGUCACUUUUUUGAAACGCAAGCAAGGCUUAAUGAAGAAGGCUUACGAAUUGAGUGUGCUCUGCGACUGCGAGAUUGCUCUCAUUAUCUUCAACUCGAGUGGGAAGCUUGUACAGUAUGCCAGCACCGAGAUUGACAAGAUUCUACUCAAGUACACCGAGUACAAUGAACCCCAUGAAAGCAAGUCGAAUUUGGAUUUUGUGAAUACGAGUGAACAAGACGAAGAUGGUGGUAUCAAGGGGGAUGAAGAAGGUGAAGAGCAAGGGUCUGUAAAGUCAUCCGAGCUUCCUGUUGCAACCGUGCCCACUCAAGCAGCUCCUGCACCGCAAUAUCAGCAACAUCCACCACCACCACCACAACAACAGCCCCAUGCAAUGCAACCAUCACAUGGUCCACCUCCACCUCAUAUGGGUGUUCCACCUAAUCCACAACAACAUGGACAAUCAGUCAUGUAUUAUCAACAUCAUCAGCAACAGCAACCACCACCACCGCAACAGCAUCCUCGACCUUAUGGCUUUCCUGUUCAACAGCAACAACAGCAACAUCGUAUGCAUCCUGGAUACGAAAUGUAUGGAAUGCAACCCUCGCAACCACCAUCCAUGUACAUGUAUCAGGGUACAACGCCUUUGCCACCUCCCAAUCAACAACAUCACAUGUCAUCUUAUCCACCACCUGCUCACCAUCAAAUACAACAUCCGCCGUAUAAUGCUACUCCACCUUCUACGACGACCACCAGUAGUACAUCAUCCACCACGACACCACCAUUACCGGUCCCUUCGUCUACCGCUGCAGUGACUCCUCAACAACGCCCUCCUCAUCAUAGUCCUGGUAAUAAUUAUCAUCAGCCAUCCUCCUCGUCUUCCGAAGUAGCAGGCAAUCACAACAACAACAAUAGUCCACAUCAGCCCAAUAUGCCAAGCCCCACUCCUUCGGCAACGAGCCAUCAUAGUCAUAGUGGUGGUGGUGGUGGUGGUGGUGGAGGAAAGAAGCAUGCCCCUCCAAAGUUACGUGUUCAAAUCCCUGGUGAUUCGCCCAAACAAGCUGUCAAGACUGAGACGGUUGAUCAGAGGGAUGAUGAGAAGGAUGACAAGACAUUUGCACGUCCUACAGGUGCACCUCCUCGGAACAAUACAGCCGAACCUAACACGGCUACCAUUGGACCUCCCUCAGCUUUGCCAUCUCAAUUUGCACAGAAUCUCUUUUCACCAAGCACGUUUUAUCCAGAGUUUUAUCAACAAAAUGAACUACCAAGUCCUCUCAACUUUUCAGCUACCCCAACAACAACGCAUGCAUUCAAUUGGCCCACCCCAUCCAAUAAUCCUGCAAACAACAACAAUAACAGCAACAGCAACUCGGCAUCGCAUCGAGACUAUAAACCAUCUCCUCUUGCAAAACAUGAUACCAGCAGUGAGAAGGCGAAACGACCGAUUCAAGAGGAUGCACAACAACAAGAGGGUGACUCGAAAAAACCCAAAAUGGCCUAA